UCGCUGUCCCCGCGUGUCGCUGUCCCCACGCCCCCCGGGGCCGUGGCUGGUGGCCCCGGGUGUCCCCAUCACCCGGUGACAAAGGGCCAUUGUCACCCACCCCGCGCUAUUGGGGAGGGGGGGAAGGGGCGGGGGCGCUGCCGCACAAUGGGGGGAUUGUCCCCCAUGGCCCCACCCGGGUGUCACUGUCCCCCGUCCGCUGUCCCCGCCUCCCGCUGUCCCUGUCCCCAGCGUGUCCGUGUCCCCUCCCCAGCUCGCUGUCGCUGUCCCCGUGUCCCGGCGCUGUCCCCGUCCCCACGAUCCCGCUGUCUCCGUCCCCUCGCCGUCGCCAUGUCCGCGCCGUCCCCGUCCCCGCGGUGUCCCCGUGGCCGCGGUGACCCCCUGUGACACCCGCUGUCCCCCCAGCAGAUCCUGAGCACGGUGGAGGCCCAGGCUCCCAGCGCCGCGGGGCCGUCGGGCUGCGGCCCUGUCCCCGUCCCCGUGCCCGUGGUGGCCGUGCCAGGCCCGGGGGUGGCGGCAGCGCUGCCCAACGGGGCCCCCCCGGGUCCCCCCCCCGUGGCCGACGACAGCAAAACCAACCUGAUCGUCAACUACCUGCCGCAGUCCAUGAGCCAGGAGGAGCUGCGGAGCCUCUUCGGCAGCCUCGGAGACAUCGAGUCCUGCAAGCUCGUCCGGGACAAGGUCACCGGGCAAAGCCUGGGCUACGGCUUCGUCAACUACGUGGAGGCCGGCGACGCCGACAGGGCCAUCGGGGCCCUCAACGGCCUCAAGCUGCAGACCAAGACCAUCAAGGUGUCCUACGCCCGGCCCAGCUCCGCCUCCAUCCGCGAUGCCAACCUGUACGUGAGCGGCCUGCCCAAGGCCAUGGGGCAGAAGGAGAUGGAGCAGCUCUUCUCCCAGUACGGCCGCAUCAUCACCUCCCGCAUCCUCGUGGACCAGGUCACAGGUGUGUCCCGGGGGGUGGGCUUCAUCCGCUUCGACAAGCGCGUGGAGGCCGAGGAGGCCGUGCGGGGGCUGCACGGGCAGAAGCCCCUCGGGGCCGCUGAGCCCAUCACGGUCAAGUUCGCCAACACCCCCGGGCAGAAAUCGGGGGGGGCCCUGCUGAGCCUCUGCCCCGGAGCCCGGCGCUACGGGACCCUGCACCCCCCCCCGCAGCGCUUCCGACUGGACAACUUGCUGAACGUGGCCUACGGGGUGAAGAGCCCGCUGUCGCUGCUGCCCAGGUUCUCCCCGCUGGCCAUCGAGGCGGUGCCGGCGCUGGCCGGGGUGGGCUUGGGGACCCCCGGGCCGGGCUGGUGCAUCUUCGUCUACAACCUGGCGCCCGAGGCGGACGAGAGCGUCCUGUGGCAGCUCUUCGGGCCCUUCGGCGCCGUCACCAACGUCAAGGUCAUCCGCGACUUCGCCACCAACAAGUGCAAAGGCUUCGGCUUCGUCACCAUGACCAACUACGAGGAGGCGGCCAUGGCCAUCGCCAGCCUCAACGGCUACCGCCUGGGCGACCGCGUGCUCCAGGUGUCCUUCAAGACCACCAAGCAGCACAAGGCCUGAGGUUUGUCCCCGCCCGGGGGGGCUGCGGGGUCUCCUGUCGGGGUGUGGGGGUGUGGGGACCCCCCCUCUGUGAGCGCCGUGGAGGAACUCGGCUGGAGGUCUUGGGGACCCCCUCUGUGGGCACCGUGGAGAAAGCCAGCUGGGCCUUGAGGACCUUGGGGACCCCCAUGGAGACCAUGGACAAACCCAGCUGGAGACCUUGGGGACCUUCAGGGACCCCCAUGGAGACCAUGGACAAACCCAGCUGGAGACCUUGGGGACCUUCAGGGACCCCCAUGGAGACCAUGGACAAACCCAACUGGAGACCUUGGGGACCUUGGGGACCUUCAGGGACCCCCGUGAGCACCACGGAGACCAUGGAAAAACCCAACUGGAGAUCUUGGGGACCUUCAGGGACCCCCAUGAGCACCAUGGAGGAACUCGGCUGGAGGUCUCGGGGACCCCCAUGAGCACCAAACACAUCCUGGAGACCUCAGGGUCCCCACCAUGGGCACCAUGGAGAUCAUGGAGGAACCCAGCUGGAGACCUUGGGGACCCUCAGGGACCCCCAUGGGCACCAUGGAGACCAUGGAGAAACCCAACGGAAGAUCUUGGGGACCUUGGGGAUCUUCAGGGAUUCCCAUGGAGACCAUGGAGAAACCCACAUGAAGACUUGGAGACCUCAGGGUCCCCCCCAUGGGCACCAUGGAGAUCAUGGAGGAACCCAGCUGGAGACCUUGGGGACCCUCAGGGACCUUCAGGGACCCCCAUGAGCACCAAACACAUCCUGGAGACCUCAGGGUCCCCCCCCAUGAGCACCACGGAGAUCAUGGAGGAACCCACCUUGAGGUCCUGGGCACCCCCUCCAUGGACACCAAGGACAUCCUGGAUCUCCAGGAUGCAGAAAAGCACCUGGAGACCGUGGGGACACCCCGUGAGCGCCGCAGACAGCGUGGAGACCCCGGAGACCCCCUCCACGGGGGGGACACCUGACGCACAGCCCGGACACCUGGACACCCUCACCUGUCCCCGACGGGCAUCCUGAGCACUCCUCCAGGUGCUGCAGGGCACUGGGAGGGGCCCUGGAGACCCCCCAGGACACUGUGGACACACCUGGGACCCCCCACCCCGGGUACCCCAAACCCCACCACUCCGGCAGUGGCCGGACCACCUGGAGCGGUGCCCCCCCUUCACCUGAUCCAGGUGUGUCCAGGUGGGGGCUGUGCCCCCCCUUCCCUCCACUCCAGGACUCCAGCGGGGAGGUGGGGGGGGGGGCGCGUCUUCUCGCUCUCUCCUUCUUUCCAUGUUUUUCCUUAAUUUUCCGGGGGAGGGGGAGGAAUUUUUGGGGAGGAAGAACAAAAACAAGGAUUAAUCACGUGUUUAAUUAGACCUGUUAGCCGUUUGUCAGGUAAGGAGGAGCGUGACUGGCGCCGGGAGCGGUGACUCCUCGGGAGCCGCCGACCCAAAUCCAUCUAUUUUUAUAGCAGAAUAUUAAAAAUAUCCCCCGAAAUCCCCAAAAUCGCCUUUCCAGAGGGGGUGAGAACCUGUUUUGUGCUCCCCGAGUUCCUUGGAAGCAGCUUGUGAACCCCAAGAGCGAUCAAGGCAAGUUUUGGGGGGGUCAGUGGCACUAAGAUGCCAGGGAUUGCUCUGGUACCCCCAAAACUGGGAGGGAGGGGAUGUGCCUUGUCACACUUCCCCCCCCUCCCUUCCCAAAUUCUCCAAAAUGGGCAAUUUUUGCCCCAAAUUACUCCACUUGGAGCCUCCUGUCCAAAAACAAAAAGGGCGGAACCCCACCUGAAAAGCCCCAACCCUGAGUUCCCCCAGACUCCUUAUGGGGAGGUGUAUUCUUAAUUAUUCUUAAUUAUUCUUAUUAAUUAUUAUUGAUGUUGUUAUUAUUAUUAUUAUUAUUGCGAUUCUUAUUUAUUUUCCCUUCGCCGUCGGGAUAAUUUCUCACUUUUCAGUGGUUUAUUUCCCAUUUAUUUCCUAUUCUUCCCUGAUUUUUCCCUGAUCCUGGUACUCCCCGGGACCCUCUUUUUUCCCCCCAGACCCUUCCCCAAACCCAUCCCAGCUCCUGGUUUUUUUGUGUCGUGCCUGUGUGAAGCUUCUUGUAGUUUUAAUUAUUAUUAAUAUAAAUAUUUAGGAGCGACCCCCGUGUCCAGAUCCGCCAUCACCCCCCCCCCCAAACUCUGACCCCCACCCCCUCUCCCAGGGAUCCAGCCCUGGAAUUUGGGGAGGGGGCCAGGGGACCCCCAAUUCAGUAGCAAUAAGGGGUCCCCACCUCAGCCCCGGCCCAUUUUUGGGGGGCCCAACGCGGGGACAAAAGGUGCCCAGGGACCCCCUUGUGGCACUGCGGGACCCCUCGGAGGGGACCGGGACCCCCCCGGCCCCCACCCCUGGACUCGACUCUUUGUAUUUUUCAUGGAAAAAAAUCAA